CCCUUAACUUAUAAUCAAGCGCCAGAGAAGCAGUCAAGUCUCCUUGCCCUUUACUCAUAGAAAGACUAUUAUCCAUGGCCCCAAAAGCCGAGAAAAAGCCAGCCGAGAAGAAGCCAGCCGAGGAGAAAAAGACCACCGUCGGCGAGAAAUCCCCAGCGGAGAAAAAGCCAAAGGCCGGCAAGAAGCUUCCCAAGGAAGGCGCGGCGGCUGGCGAUAAGAAAAAGAAGAGAGCCAAGAAGAACGUGGAGACCUACAAGAUCUACAUCUUUAAGGUACUGAAGCAAGUACACCCAGAUAUUGGGAUCUCAAGCAAGGCUAUGGGGAUCAUGAACAGUUUCAUCAACGAUAUCUUCGAGAAGCUUGCUCAAGAAGCUUCUAGGCUAGCAAGGUACAACAAGAAGCCUACGAUCACUUCCAGGGAAAUCCAGACUGCUGUUAGACUCGUACUUCCUGGAGAGCUUGCGAAACACGCUGUGUCUGAAGGCACUAAGGCGGUUACCAAGUUUACUAGCUCUUGAAUUUAAGAGGGUGAAAAAGUUAGGGUUUCUGUAUUUUGGGGGUUUGUGAAUUUGAUGAAAUUUGGGUAUUUAGGGUUAGGGUUUUAUGGUAGUUUAACUUAAAUGUUUCUUUUUUUUUUUUUAAAUAUUUUGUCGGUCAUUGUAGUUUUGUUUAAUGUAAGUACUUGUUUCUAAUGGAUCUAAAAUGAUUUAAACGUUGAAAUGAAACUGCCUUUCUUUUUGUUCUA